AUGGAGUACACGAAGUCAAGAUGCAAGCAUGGCUUAAUAGAUCAACAUCGGGAUCUCUCAAAGCACCCUCAAAUAAUUGUCCUGGGUACCCCUGCAGAAGAAGAUGGUGGUGGCAAAAUUGAUUUAAUUGAAGCAGGAGCUUUUAAAGACCUUGAUGUUGUCUUUAUGGCCCAUCCAUCCCAAGAGGAUGCUGCUUAUCUACUGGAUGUGGCUGAACAUGAUGUGACUGUGAAAUAUUAUGGGAAAGCGUCUCAUGCUGCUGCUUACCCCUGGGAAGGAGUCAAUGCCUUGGAUGCAGCUGUUCUUGCCUAUAACAAUCUGUCGGUGUUACGGCAUCAAAUGAAACCAACCUGGAGAGUUCAUGGUAUAAUAAAAAAUGGUGGUGUAAAACCCAAUAUCAUUCCCUCUUAUUCUGAAUUACUCUAUUACUUCCGUGCACCCUCAAUGAAAGAACUUCAGGUUUUGACCAAAAAGGCAGAAGAUUGCUUCAGAGCUGCGGCUUUGGCUACAGGGUGCACAGUAGAAAUAAAAGGUGGGGCACAUGAUUAUUACAAUGUCCUCCCUAAUAAAAGCCUGUGGAAAGCUUAUAUGGAGAAUGGGGAAAAGCUGGGGAUAGAGUUCAUUUCAGAAGAUGCAAUGCUGAAUGGCCCUUCAGGAUCUACUGACUUUGGAAAUGUUUCCUUUGUGGUUCCUGGAAUUCAUCCAUAUUUUUACAUUGGAUCCAGUGCUUUGAAUCAUACUGAACAAUACACUGAAGCUGCAGGAUCGCAAGAUGCUCAGUUCUACACUUUGCGUGUGGCCAAAGCUCUGGCAAUGACUGCGCUGGACAUCAUUUUUAAACCAGAGUUACUAGAAAGAAUCAGAGAGGAAUUUAAACUGAAACUUCAAGAAGAACAGUUUUUAAAUGCAGUGGAAUGAAAAAUCUUAGUGCUUAUUAAUCAUUAAGAAGUGAUUUUUUAAAUUUAACCUUUUUAAUAGAAGAAAACAUGCUUCUCUCAAUUUCAUAGGAGUCAGAUUUUUUAAUACUUGAUUAUAAGUGAGGACAGGUCAGAAUGUGGAAAAACAUAUUAACUCAUAUCUGAAAUGAAAAAGUUUACAGAUCUAUACUUGAUGGAAUUGUAUUAUUUUGGGAAUUGGUAUAUGAUACUAUUUCUUAAACUAGAUGAUAUAUGAAUUACCAGUAAUGAUAUUUUAUAAAUCUAUAUGCUGUGUGAGUAAAAUCCAAUAAGUUAGACAUCUGAAAUUAACACUUGUGAAGUGUAGAUUUUGUGAUACAGUGUGGUAAAUGUCUUCUCAGUUUCAAAAUUUAAGUCCUAAGUUUAAGGAAAGUUUGUUUCUAAUAUCUGAUUACAUAUUUUGGCUUAGAAGUUUCUUUAUUUAUAAUGAGUAUAGUGUAAGACCAGACUGUGAUUCUCCUGUGUAAUUCUGCCUUUUUAGUUUUUAUAUACCAGUGAGUUAAUUGAACUUUAUCACAAUAGUGUAAGUAAGUGCAUAAAUAAGGAGUCAGUUACUAUGUCUGAAGGAACCAACUCAAGCCGGUCUUUAUUAUAGUUCACCCUCAUACUUCAGAAGUUUUCCUGAAUGGCUGUACUAAAUUUAUUAUAGUGACUUAGCUUAGAUUAUCAUUGUUGGUUAGUCUUUGAAUUGUGAGCUGAAGGAUUUGGGAAUAGAAUGAGAAAGGAAGGAAGUGCCUGAUUAUGUUAACAUUGUAACCUUUUGGAUAAGGAUUCUAUUUAUACAUACAUAUAUAUAUAUAUAUAUUAUAUGUUUAUAUUUAAAUAUAUAUUGCUUGUUUGUUUAGAUGGUGCCUUGCUAUGUUGCCCAGACUAACCUUAAAUUCUCCAUCCUCUUGCCUCAGCUUCCCCCAUAGAUUGGAUUACAAACUCGUACCAUUGUGCUCAGAUGUAGCUCUUCAUUCUUAAAAGAUGGAUCCUUGUUUUUAGAAAGUUGACAGACCAGGAAAACUUCUAAUUUUAGGAUUUUAUGUAUUAUUUUUGAAGGAUACAAUUUAAGUU